AUUUGCUGAACAUGUUGUGCCAUCCCCAGAUGACUUCAAUCAGAGAUGAUUAUUUUAACUUUACCCCGGAAGAAUAUAAUGAAUAUGAACUCUCAAGGCUUGCUUUUCCUAUCUUCAUGGAAAAGCAAUAUUCUAGGUACUGAAGAUGUGCACUGGGGAAAAGUACAUAUAUAUAUUGUCAAAAUAAAUUCUCCGGCAAAUAAACAAUAAACGUCGUACCUAGAACAAGACCAUUAAGAAAUAUGAUUGGUUGCAGAAAAACUCCUUGCCAAGUGCUGAGAAUAAUAGCAUCAUUUGUCUGCUUGACAGCAACGGUGGCGGCAAAGGUUCCUAAUAAUCCUAAUUACGCUGAUGCCUUAACAAAGAGCAUUCUCUUCUUCGAGGGACAAAGGUCUGGCAAAUUACCCCCUAACCAGCGUAUGACUUGGAGAAAAGAUUCUGCUCUUCACGAUGGAGCUGACAAGGGUGUGGAUUUGGUAGGUGGCUACUAUGAUGCUGGUGACAAUAUCAAGUUCCAUUUUCCAAUGGCUUUUACUACGACCAUGUUAGCUUGGAGUGUGGAGCAGUUCAAAAAUACAAUGGGAUCAGACUUACAACACGCCAUGGAGGCAAUCAAGUGGUCCACGGACUAUUUCUUAAAGGCUACAAACAUUCCCAACGUAGUAUUUGCACAAGUAGGUAACGCCGAGGCUGAUCAUAACUGCUGGGAAAGGCCUGAAGAUAUGGACACGCCGCGUACUACUUUUGCAGUUACUGCACAAGCUCCUGGUUCUGAAGUUUCUGCUGAGAUUGCUGCUGCUCUUGCUGCUGCAUCCGUGGUGUUUAAGCCUUCUGAUCCCGCAUAUUCCAAAUUGCUUGUUAACAGAGCCAUCCAGGUUUUUGAAUUUGCGGAUAAAUACAGGGGAUCUUACAAUGACAGCAUAGGACCUUGGGUGUGCCCAUUCUACUGUAACUACAACGGAUACAAUGAUGAAUUGCUUUGGGCUGCAGCCUGGCUGCUCAAAGCUACAAGGAAACCUAUGUAUUGGAACUACGUUAAGCUAAACAUAAUAAACUUCAAAUCGGACAUCGAAAGUGGAUUAUCAGAAUUUGGAUGGGAUGCCAAGCAUGCUGGUAUCAAUGUGCUUAUCUCCAAGUUUGUUCUCGAUAACCCUUCAAAUGCAAACCCCUUCCUUCCUUACGCUGAUACAUUCGUCUGCAGUGUAUUACCUGAAUCUCCUACCAGUACAGUUAGAUACACUCCAGGUGGACUCGUGUACAAAGCGGGGAUUUGUAAUAUGCAAAAUCCAACAGCUCUGUCGUUUCUACUUCUUACCUAUGCGCGCUACAUGAAAACCAGGAUAAUUCGCUGUGGCAACAUUGAUGUAACUCAAAAGAUGCUAAUACGUUUUGCAAGAAGCCAGGUGAAUUAUAUUCUUGGGAGAAAUCCAGUGAACAUGUCAUACAUGGUUGGAUUUGGAGCAAAAUUUCCUCAAAGAAUACACCAUAGAGGGGCUUCAUUGCCAUCUAUUGAUCAAUAUCCAGAGAAGAUAGGAUGUAAAGAAGGGACACCAUAUUUCCUAAGUGAAAACCCAAAUCCCAACUUGCAUUUAGGGGCAGUAGUUGGAGGACCUGAUAUCAAAGAUUAUUUUGCUGAUUCUAGACUUAGUUCUUCCCAGUCAGAACCAGCUACGUAUGUAAAUGCACCACUUGUUGGCCUCUUGGCUUAUUUUAAAGCACAUCCCUAGUCCUCAAUACUUGUGAAAAUAACUAACUUUAAUUUGUAGUAGAUCAUUGAAUCUUCUUUCGCCUAAAUUGUAUUCAUUUGGAAUUUCAGGGAGAAAGAAAGGUUACAACUUAGAAUUAAGGAUUGGCUGAUAAUCUUCAGUACAAAGAUCUUUUACUCU